UAUCUGGGUAGCUGCAUAAGUGCUGGUGGGGGUGUGAGUGAUGAGAUCAAUGCACGUAUAGUGAAGGCCAGUGCGGCUUAUGCCAAUCUGGGCCACCUUUGGCGCCUUCGUGAUGUUGGUCUGGCUGUAAAGGGUCGGAUCUACAACGCGUCGGUGAGAGCAGUUUUGCUCUAUGUUUGAGAAGAUUGGCCUAUCCGAGUUGAAGAUGUUAGACGACUCUCUGUGUUCGAUCAUCGCUGUCUCCGAAGGAUGGCUGAUAUCCAGGGACAACACCAUGUUGUUAAUGCAGAGGUUCGGCAUCGUGUGUUCGGGCACAGAGAUGAUAAUGCAGUUGGUGUCACCAUCUUUAAACAACGACUUCGGUGUCUUGGGCAUGUUCUACGAAUGGCGUCCCAGAGAAUUCCACGUCGUGCAUUAUUUGCCGACUCUGGGACUGGUUGGAAGAAGCGGAGAGGUGGUCAGUGCCUGACAUGGUGUCUUGGCGUGAAAGAAAGCUGCAAAGGACUGGUUUGUGUUGGUCCUUCACGACUCCCUGGUUGGGGUCUGAGAGAUGGUGCAACACAGUGGCUAGAGACGUUAUCAGAUAUGGCUCAGAAAAGAAGCCAUUGACGAUCUUACUGUAACCUUCUUUUACUUUCUUCAUAAAAAGUGGUUGUGUCUCCCUUACCUGAAAGAUUUCUUCCGAUUGUACCUUUGCGUUCCCUGAUUACUAGCACAUUACCUU